AUGCCCAACACUACCAACUGGGUUAUCAACGAGCUUGGUGCGGGACCUCUUGACCUCAUGGACUCUGCUGCCCUGGCAGCAAUUUCAGGAGUGUGGGGUCACAUUGACGGAGUCCCGUUGCAGCCAAAUCAGGGUUCUCAUUUGGGCGAUGCCUCUGAUACUGGCAAUAUGGUAUCUGGUGCGCACGAGCCUGGACCUCACAUUGCAACCAGUCCAACCGACAUUGCCAACCUUGGUAUGCUCUCCGUUGUGCAAGAUCGGCCUAUCGUUCUCCCUGCCACAUCCGAUAUGGCCAGCAGUUCAAUGUUCAGAUUCCCGGUACCACCCCCUGCAUAUGUGAUUCCCAUGCAUGCCCUCACCGCCGCCGCCAUCAAUACCAGCUCUCGGACUUCCAGUGAUGCAGUCUCGGUGCCCGCUGACAUUGUGCAGUCCGGCAUUGACGCAUCUGCCGAACGCGAUGCUCUCCGACAUUCUGAAGUGCAUAGUGCACCCGUCAUUCAGCCUGUUCUGGCGUCUGCCAUGCCAACUAUUGUUCAGCCAGCUGACCAUGUCGCGCCCGUGCACUCUAUUAACACAUUCUCCCCCCCCUCUGUCGAUCUGGAUGGUACUGCUACAUCCACAGCACCAAGCAAGACUUCCGCGUCAACCUCAUGCUCCUCCUCACCUAUCGAUCUGGAUGGUACAGCUACGUCCGCAGCACCAUCCGCCUCGAACUCUUGCUCCUCCUUAGCUCAGCCUUCUCGCACGCGUAAGCUUCCUCCGACUGCAGACUCAAUAUGGGAGCCCACAGCAGCUCAAGCCAGGAGGCUCGGCAUUUCAACGAUGGAGAGUGAUUCUGCGAAGCCGAAAAGGAAGUCUGCGAAGGAGAACAAGGCGGAAAUGGGUGAGGGCAACGAUGGGGUGAAGAGAAGGAGGCGAUGA